GUGGCUGAAGCUCUGUUUCUCCUUCUCAGAAGCUUUCAGACUUUCUUUUCCAAGAAGCCAUCUAUCCGGAACGAAGACAAGUACAGUCCCAGAGUCUGGUAUUGGACAGGGGAGGAAACGGUGGAGGAGAAUCUGUGUUCUGCAAAAGGAGAGGAAAACAAGAAUAGUCAUGCCAGACUUGAAGAGCUCCUUGAUUCUCUCGGCCUACAUCAUUAUCUUCCUCACUGGUCUCCCUGCAAACCUCCUGGCCCUGCGGGCCUUCGUGGGCCGGGUCCGCCAGCCCCACCCUGCACCUGUCCACAUCCUCCUGCUCAGCCUGACGCUGGCGGACCUUCUUCUGCUGCUGCUGCUGCCCUUCAAGAUCAUUGAGGCUGCAUCUAACUUCCGCUGGUAUCUGCCUGAGAUUGUCUGUGCCCUCACAGGAUUCGGUUUCUACAGCAGCAUCUACUGCAGCACGUGGCUCCUGGCAGGCAUCAGCAUCGAGCGCUACCUGGGAGUGGCUUUCCCCGUGCAGUACAAGCUGUCCCGCCGGCCUAUAUAUGGGGUGAUUGCUGCUCUGGUUGCUUGGAUCAUGUCCUUUGGUCACUGCACCAUCGUGAUCAUCGUUCAGUACUUGAAACCGGCCGCGAAUGCCACAGAGAUAAGUGAAAUUACCUGCUAUGAGAACUUCACUAAAGAGCAGCUGGAGGUGGUGAUUCCUGUGCGGCUGGAGCUGUGCCUGGUCCUCUUCUUCAUCCCCAUGGGGGUCACCAUCUUCUGCUACUGGCGCUUUGUGUGGAUCAUGCUCACCCAGCCCCAUGUGGGGGUCCAGAGGCGGCGCCGAGCUGUGGGGCUGGCUGUCGUGACACUCCUCAAUUUCUUGGUGUGCUUCGGGCCUUAUAACGUAUCCCACCUGGUGGGGUUUUACACGAAGAAAAGCCCCACAUGGCGAGCAGAAGCUGUGGUAUUCAGUUCCCUCAACGCCAGUCUGGACCCCCUGCUUUUCUAUUUCUCUUCUUCAGAUGUGCGCAGAGCCGUUGGAAAAGGGCUUCAGAUGCUGCGACAUCAGGGCUCCUCUCUGUUGGGACGCAGAGGCAGAGAGAUGACAGAGAUGACAAAUGGGGACAGGGGUGUGAGUCAAGCAGAAGGAGUACCGAGUUCUGACUUCACCACAGACUAGGGCUGUCCCUGGACCUUCAGAGGUGCUGGGGGCUAAGUAUGGGUUGAGUGGGCUGGGAGAGGGAGAAGAUGAGGGUUCUAGAUUCAGGAAUCCUUAGACCAAUCGGUUACUGAGACUGUAGGAAUCUCUCUCACCUGCUGGAUAUUCCUUCCUGAUUGAAUUUUCCUUCCCAACAGAACACAGCUCCCUGACCAAAGAAGAAAUGGUUAGGCAUAGAAGCACGAUCAGGCCAUGCUCUGGAAGCAAGACGGCUAAUACGAAUUCAAUCCUUGUGAGGUGGUUGGUAGCUGGGGAUGAUCAGACUGAAGCAGAGAAUCCUAAAGCAAUCUUGCUAUAAGCUUUGACACCACACCUAGACACUGGCCUAGCUGUUGAUGCUAGAAAGAAGCCAAUGGGAAAGAGAUGGAAGAGAAAUACUAAAUGAGGUCAAAGGAGACUCAGGAAAGUUCUGACCCAAGGGAACUUAGAGGAGGGGCUGAGGGCUUGGUUGGGUCUCUAAUGCUUUAGAUUUCUAAUGUAUUGAUCAGACCUGAUGCUUUGUAACUAUGCUCCAGCCUUCUUCAUGUGUGUAUCUUGUCUCCCCCAUUAAACUGGGAACUUCUUGA